UCGAAUUUAGAAGUUUUUUUUUAAUUACCAUCAAAUGUCACUUGUUAUUGCAGUGAGGAUUGAAAAUAUUUCACAAGUCGUCAUCAAAAGAAGUGGAUUGACAGCAAUAAUUAAUCAAAAAUGCAAAAAUCUCGAAGCCAAGAAGAAUUGACUUUUAGUCAAUCGUCUAAUACUUUUCAAUUUCCUCCUGCUUCGGAUUAUCUACAGCUACCGAGAUCACCAAAAUCACCGAAAUCACCGAGAUCACCAAGAUCCCCAAGAUCCCCGAGAUCCCCGACAGCAAUUAGUCCACCGCAAAGUCCUAAACCUAAUCCAAGUUAUCAUCAGCCUGAAAUAUUACAACUGAAUGAAGAUUCACAUACAUGGAAAAUAAAAGCAACAAAACAACAACAAAACAUACAGAAAAGUAAUAAGAGUCUACAAUUUUGUUUCGGGAAAUUGCAAUCAUAUCUAAAAACUGAAAAUGCAUUCGAAUUUCGUUUCAAAAUUAUUGUGGCAUUUUUGUUCUUGUUAAUCUGUUGUAUUGUAAUGAUGACAAGAUAUUUUCAUUAUAAUCUUCAGAUUAGUCAAGCAUUACAUGAUCAAAUAUUGAUGUUUAAAUCACAGAAAAAGAUAACAUUUUUAAAUGAUCGUGGUGAUAACCUUGUUGAUCUUCAUUUCGGUCUUCAUAUACCAAACGAUAUUAAUCCAUUUAAUUGUCGUUCGAUUAGUGAAGAUGAUAAAAUAUGUUUUGAUUGGAAAUAUCGAGCACAUUUAUCGGUGAAAGUUUCAAGAAAAAAAUUUACCAAUAGUUUUGGACAUAAUGAAACUAUUACCUGUUAUAAUCAUUAUUGGCGUACAUAUCAAAAAUAUUCUGCACUCAAAGAUUGUUUUGAUAUGAAUAAUGGAUAUUGGUUUGGUAUGGGUGAUAUUUAUAAUAUUCAAAUUCCAUUGAAUAAAAUGUCGGUAGAAGAACAACCAUUUAUAACUAGUCAUAAUCAUUCGGCAAUAUUAUCCGGUUCAAUCAUAGAUCGAACAUGGUAUUCAAGCCAUGGUGUAAUGAUUAACGUACCAUUAGAUGUACCAUUAUUUGUUUCGAUCAAUUCAUCUGAAGAUCCAAAUCGUUUAUGUUUGAUAUCGAAAAAAAAUUUUCCAUAUUACAUGAACAAUCAGAAUAGCUAUUUUGCUCAUCUUCAUUAUUCAAUUUGUUUGGCACAAAGUAUAACAACAUUGCAGAAUUAUUUAUUCGAACGUAAUGCUCAUCAACAGCAAACAGUGACAGUAAACGAAAAAUCUAAACAACAGCCGCUCAUUAAAAUCAACCAAGAACAAGAUGUAGAAAAUUUUUUUAUCGAUCAUAUAAUUUGGUCAACAAAUGACAAUGUAUUGCCUAAUUUUACACAACAAAAUGUACAAUCAUAUGUUGAUCAGAUUACCAAUUAUGGUUUUGGUGGUAUCAUUUUGUUGGAUUCACGAUGGGAAAAUUCCAUUGGUGAAUUACGGAUGAAUGAAAAUGUUUUUAACACACCAAAAGCAUUGAUCAAUAUUCUGCAUAACAAAGGAUUCAAAAUCAUGUUGACCAUAUCACCAAAUGUUGAUCUGCAAUCAGAAUUGGUGGAAAAUGCUAACAAAUAUAUAAUGUUGGAUCAAUAUCUUCAGACACCAUUGAUGACAAGAUGUACAAAUAAUCUAAAGAAAUUAUGUGCUUUGGUCAAUUUUACCGAUGUCGAUAAUCGGGAAUUAUUUCGUAACAAAUUGAAUCAACAAUUGCUUAAUCAUUCAACUGGUCUAUCGGUUGAUGGUCUUUAUUUUCAAAGCAUUCGAUCAUCAUUAUUGCCACGUUAUAUUAAUUAUGAUCACAAUAUUAAUCCAGAUCAAUUUGUUGAAUAUUUGAACCGAGUGAUUAAAUCAUUACAUACAUCGGUAGGAAUUUCGACAUCUGUAGUUUCGAAAAAUUUCACUGGUUAUGCUCAACUUUAUCCACGUGAUUCAUCAUGGAAAGGUUUACAAAGCAUUAUUCCAUCAGUGUUAUCAUUAGGAUUGAUUGGUUAUCCAUUGGUCAAUACCGGUGUUGUUGGUGGAAAAGAUCUUUUCACCAAGAUUAAAAAUGAUACUGGCUAUAUAAACAAAGAACUAUAUCUUCGUUGGCUACAAUUGGUCAUAUUCACACCGGUAGUAGAAUUUGCUGAACCACCUGGUGGAAAUGAUUUAGAUGUGAUUAAAAUAGCAAAACGUUUGCAUAAAUUACGAAGUGAACAUUUUAUGCCUAAAAUGAAAUCUGCAUUGAUCGAACAUCAACAUAAAGGUUCACCGAUCGUAAGACCAAUGUGGUGGAAUGAAAAAAGUGAUAAUGAAUCAUUAAUGAUUAAUGAUCAAUUUAUGGUUGGCAAUGAUAUUGUUGUUGCACCGAUCAUUGAAGAAGGUAAAACUGAACGUGACAUUUAUCUACCACGUGGUUGGUGGAAAGAUGAAAUACUUGCACAAGUGAUACGCGGUGGAAAAUGGAUGCGUAAAUAUCAGGUACCAUUGGAUAAGGUGGCAUUUUUUAUUCGUACUGAACCAAGUUUAACAUUACCGAUACAGAAAAAUGAAAUAACCAAAACAAAAACCAAAAUAUAAAUAGACCAAAAUCAUUCAAAAGACCAAAUUAUCUC